GAUCAUUUAAUUUUGAAAUUCGUAACUCGUCCGCUCUCUUCUUCACCCAAUAGGAAAGAAAGAGAAGAGAAGAGAAGAGAAGAGGGAGCGUUACUUGUUGGAUCGAGGGAGAAGCUAGCCCUUCGCCUGAAAAUGACGAAGCGGAAUCUCCGAUCGAAGGAGUCUACAAUCGGUGAAGACGCCGAGCUACUCUUCCAGAAGAAGAUUCGAGAUCUGGAGUCCGUCAACGAAUCUCUCAAGCGUGAUGUGGAAGAGCUGAGGUCCAAGCUUGCUGAUGUUUCUGUCAGUUCUUCUGGUCAGUCGAGUAGAGAGUUCUCCAACAAGUCUAUUGCUACAAAAGAGAAGGGUAUGAGCUCAAGGAGCAAGUCCAAUCCACGUUCUAUGUGCUCUACAAAGAAGCACAUAACUGAGAGUUGUGUAAAGCAGGUUGAUGGUGAAGUCCAGAAACUCAAAGCCCAAAAGGUUAAGUUGCAGUGCAAGAUCAAGCUAGACUCUAUGCAAUUCAGGCUAUCUAAAGCUUCCCUCGAAAAGGAAACUCUUCAGCUCAAGAAGGAUCUAAGGAAAAGCGAGUUCCAGAAACAAGUACUCUCGGCUUUGAACAGGCGCCAGAAGCUGAUUUUGCAGCUGAAGAAUACACAAGCUUUGACAGCCCUUAAGCGCUUGAAAUUGCUUCUGCAACCCAAAAAGACUCUUUCCAAGAAAAAUAAUGGUCCACCAAUAGGAACGAGCUCUACGAUUCAGGAGCCUAGCAAUGAAGUCGGGCUGCUAGUGAAGUUGAACAAGAUUCACUCUGGUUACGAACGGCAAAUGAAAGAAAUAGCUGAAGAGGUAAAAAAGUUCAGCCUAGAGGCAAGUGUGUUGAAGGCAGAGUUCGAGGGAGAGCAAAACUCAUUCUCUCCGUCAUGUGACAACGCACUCAACCAGACCCCUAUGGACUCGGAAUUAAAGGAACUUAAAGAGGAAUUUAGCAAACUAAGUACUCUAGUCAGCCAGAUGGAAAUGGCUAAAUCUCAAUUCAGUCUAACAGAUAAAGCUCAGACCGUACCAGCUGAAUACUCUAUCCCCAGUAAGGAUAACGAAGAAUCAAACUUAGUACUUUCUCAGCAGAAAACUUCCGAGGGAACAAUCUAUGGUACCAGUGAUGAGUCAAGCAUAGAGCCAUCUCAAGUGAAAGAGACUGGGGAAACGCUCUCGUCUGAGGAAGCGCAUUGCAAAAAGGAGCCGAGGAAAGCUGAGAUGUGUUGCUCUUGCACCAAGAAAUCUCUGUGCAAGACGAAAAACUGCAAAUGCAGAGCAAAUGGAAGUGGGUGCGGUAUCUCUUGUGGCUGCAUAGCCUCCAAAUGUAGCAACAGAGGAGAAAACGUAAGAUCUGACAAAGCAACGCAGGCAAUAGUAGAUGGUAAGAAGCCUGUUGACGACAGCAAAAAUGCAAACAAACAACCAUUGCGUGAUAUAGGGAAUAUACAAGAAGCUGGAAAAGUUGGCAAGUUGAGAAAAGUGCAGAAGCCAGUUGCUAAGAAGUAAUCAAAAUGACAAAUAAAGAGAAAGCUUCAAGACCUCAGAGAGUGAGAAUUAUACAAUGUUAAGAUUGCCAGCAGCUUGAUUGGUUUUGUUUUGGUUGACGAUCUAUAAAUUCUUCAGAACUAUCAUAUAGUAGUUCGACA